AUGUCAUUGCUGGACAUGCAUUUCAGUGAGUUUUCAGGAGAACACAGACACAUUUCUAGCGCCCAGCAGUUGCUUCAUGCUUUUUCGGAGUCACCAUCCUCUGUUGUACUUCUCACCACGGCUCUUGGAGAGAUAUUGGGUGUACUUGCCCGUCAACAGCGAAGCAUUGAUGAUAUGGUCAACACAAUAAAAGCUGUAAAGAAGGAAUAUAUGCAAGAGUUAUCAGCGGUAUCAUACAACUUUGCAGAUAUUCUUCAUGAUACGAUUAAACGCACGUCAUCUGCCAUUAACGAAAUUCGAGAUAAUAUCUCAAAACAACAGUAUACUUCUAGUUCUGAGUUAAUAUUAGAUUCCAAGAGUAUGGAUAUUAAACGGGAAGUAGCAGACCUACGAAAAAUCGUAUUGGAACGUUUACAACAACCUACAAUGUCAACAGAUAUGAUAGAACAGACUGCCGAUCUCUGUACUCAGGUUGCGUCUGUAAGAACGGAGCUUCGGGAUGCCACUACUCAAAUGCAUAUACUACUUGAAUUGUUAGAUUUGCGAAAAACUCUUCUUCGACACGGGUACACAGGUGACCCAAUAGUGGACUUGCAACGAGUUCGAUCCCUUGAUACUGUGGCGAAAGUUAGACUUGUACACAAAUUCCCAUGUUUCCACGUACUAGCGUCUGCAUUAGCAACAAGUGGAAAUCAAGUUAACGGUGAAAUUGUAUUUGAUCCUCUUGGGUAA